AUGGAUGGACGACGAGGCUCAACAGGUCCGGCCAAUGCUUCCUCCCGAGGCUCUAAUUCCGCAUACCAGUCGCAAGCUUCCGGCCCGGGACCUCUAGCUAGCAUUGACUGGGUGAUUGGCACUCGCGUCAAAAUCACUACCAUACUCGACGACACCGUCGAAGGCAACGUCUUUUCUUAUGAUACAGCAGCCAACUGUGUCUCUCUUAUCACCGGCCCUAAUUCUACCUCUACGCUUUCCAAAACCGCCCCUGUCAACGUUCGCAUCCUCAAGAUACCUUUCCUCAAAGAUGUCGUUGUCAUUUCGCCGUCGAAACCACCACAGAAUGCUUCAACAUUGAAAGGUCCGUUCAGUGCUGCUGAGCCACAGAUACGAUCUUUGAGUUUGCGAGCGAUCAGGGACAGGGAACUGGGAGCUCUCAGAGCCGAGUCUGAAAAGCUACAAGGACAUGGGGUCGGGGUUACAGCAGAGGGGCAGGAUAUCUUCAAUGCUCUCAGCAAGACGAUGCCAUGCCGAUGGCAAGGGAAGGACAUUGUUGUACUCGACACCAUCAUCAUCCAAGAACCAUACACACCUGAAAAAUGCAGCUCUCCAAGCCCCAGUGGACAAAACGCACUUACUAGAGUUAAGAAAGUAUUGGAAGGAGAGCGGAAACGAUUAGAUACCGUACGACGAAGUAACGCUAGCACACCGAAUCCGCCGGGAGACCGGAAAGGGGGAUAG